AUGUAGGGUGACUUUAUAGUUAAAAAACCAAAAGAAAAGGGGCCUUAUCCUAGCAAGGGGUAUAUCUUUCAAAGGCUGAGUGAAAAAAGAAACUCCAACGUGAAACUGAGUUCUAUUAGAGUGAAUUACCUGAUCAAAACCAACAUCUAUAUCAAAGAUUAAUAAACAUCACCACCACCAUUAAAGGGAGGGGUUAUUGACCAUUAACAUCAGCAGCAAAUAUCCAAGUUGUAAAAUAAUUCAUUUUAAAUAAAAGUUGGAAAUAACUCAUUGGAUGAAUAAAUAUACUCCUCAAAUUUAUAAUUAGAUUUACACUGUAUAUAAUUGAAGUGCUCCUCGGUGGUUGAUUUGAACUCGGUAAAACUUACUGGCCAAAAGUAUAAUCAACCUUCAUAGUUUACCAAUGUGCAUGCCUUGAAUAAACGACAAAAAAAGAGAAUAGAGAUUCACUUAUUUAAAAAUUCUACAUUCUUUUUAGUAAUUCACUUGUGCUCAACUUUUACAUUCUUUGAUUAGCAUUCGAAGUAUAGGGUCAGCUACCUACAUCAACAACUAGCUUCUUAAUCACCGGAUACUAUUAUACUGUACAAGCCCUCACUCAAGCAAGAAUAGCUACUAGAAUAUCACUCUCCUCUGCUAAUGGGUGCUUAUGGGCUAUUGAUCGUACUAAUUAGAUUACUUGACUGGACUAUCGACAUGCAUGGCUAAGACCUCCUAUCUCAAAUACCACUUAUGACUCUCCCUAUUGCUCAUAGCUUCGACAAAAAGAGAGAUGCAAUUACAAGGCUUCAACAGAAAGAAGCACUAGAUUCACUUGCCAAAGUUGUAGUGAAGAAGGCUACUGCCAAGCACAAGAGCAGACUAGGUGCUAAAGCAUAUGCUCAGCGUCUAAUUUGGAAAUAUCAGGAGCUCAGUCUAGUGCUAUCAAUCGCAGACAACUCACUAGAGAGAAGGAAAGUUGAAGUGUCGGGGAUUCAUCUUAGACGUUUACAAUAAGGGGGGAUUAGAAUUAACUGCAGCCCAUCGAUGAGUUUCUGUUAAUUCGAGAUCAUUUUGUGUCCAUUCCACUUUUCCCUUGUUUUUCCCAUUGUAAUCGACAUAGCAAUAAAACUCAGAAUACCUGCCGUCGUCGUUAACUUCGCUCUUUAUGAAGGUUAAACACUCGGACGUCUCUGUGACUGA